AUGUUAGGUCAAGAUCUGGAAGCGGGUCAAUUAGGUCAGUUUCACGAUCGCCCGAUAGACGACGUAGGAAUAUCAGACGAAGAUCUCGAAGCAGAUCAGCUAGAUCGUCGUCACGUUCUCCCAGGCAACGACGUGAAAAGCCUCGUAGAAGGUCUAGAUCUCAUAGUGUUUCCGAUCGGUCAUCACCUCGCCCAUCAAGGAGAGGUGACGUACGCAGAAGGCGAAGUCGAUCCAUCUCCAAAACAAGCCGGUCACCGGCACUCCGCUGAACGGCACGCCUCCCAUGGAAGCGAACGACGUCAAGAAGUCAACGAUUCAUCUCCUAGGAAAGAUAUCGCCUCUCCAGUCUAA